UUCACAGCGAUCCACCUGUUCCUCUAACAGCAGGAGAAAUGCACUCACACAGGAUCAGCUGAGGUUCUGCUGUCCCGCUGGAUCAUGGCUGAGAGUCCACAGGAGCGCAGCCCAGGGGUGUUGAGUCGCAUCGGGAGCUGGCUGUCGUGGGGUUGGGGCAGAGAUGAUCCCACGUCCCAAACACAGCAAGAGGAGGACCACGGAGAAACCAGAGCAGACGAGACAGAUCCCGCAGAGGCGAGCCCAACCCUCGACCGGAAUGCCAAACAUCUGAGACUCGAACGCAGUCGGUCGCUUGAGAGGAGAAGGCCACCUGAACUCUUUGAACAAAUGGGCCGGAGGAGAUCUGGCAGGAGGAGGCGGAGCUCUCACGGGGAUGGGGGCGGAGCUAAAUCCCCAACCAAUCCCCAACCUGAAAGCCCUGUAGCAACCAGUUUGACGAGCAGCCCGCGGAAAGCAUGCGCUGACUCAGCUUUUAAGGAGGCGGCAAACAGCCUUCCAGGAGCCUCUGGAGCAGAAGCGCCAGACUCAGGUAGCCAUGAGGAUGUCUUCCAAGCAGAAUGGGCCCAAGCGCACCUGAGCGAAGACGCAGAUUCGGAUUCGCUCGUCCAAGCGGCGCUGGUUUAUACAGAUAUGGACGAGGAACGAGUGGUGAGGCUGACGGAGAGCGCAGAAUCCAAACGCAGGAGCAUCAAAGUGUCUCACAGCGAGGUGGUCUUCGCCAAAAAGGUGGUGGUCGCCUCGGAGGAGCAAAAGGAAGAUCAAAAUGUGACUCUUAAAGACACCAAACGGCCGAGAUCUGAUGAAAGAGCCAGAUUUCCAGAGGACAAAGUGGACGGCACCAAUGUGAAAUCCAAGGGCCGAAUCGCAGACAAAAUCAGUCUGUUUGAGAGAGGAGCCACCAAUGCAGUUAGCAGCUCCUCAAACCUGCGUCACCUGGAUAUUUCUCCAGCUCGAAAUGUGGCCAGUCGUCUUUUCACAGAACGUGCCGGAACGCGGUCCAGUUCCGCACCUCCAAACCAAUCAGUUAAAGAGAGGGCGAUGAAUUUUAAUGCAGGACGGAGGGGAGAAGAGACGCUGACGUUGCCAUCUGGUCGUACGCUGAACGAAGGACGUUCAAAAAUGGCUGAAAUAUCUUGUUCCGGACGUUUUGAAAAAUAUACAGCAAAGACAGAUACCAGCGGAGAGCCAAAGGUUAAAUGCAAACCUCAUUUAAACAUCGAUCAAACAGACUCCAAAUCCCACAAUGCAACACAAAGCACACCUGUAUUGUCGGAGAGCACAAGUGACUCAAACAUUGGGAAUAAAGAGCUGGAUUCUUUGCCAAUGGUUUCAUCACCUACUGAUGAGACACCACAGGUGAAAUCGCCAAACCGGACCAGCUCGCGAUCUAAAAAGCGUCGAGGCAAAGAUCCGCUGAGCCCCACCAAACAAGAAAUGGGUCAGGGUAAACAGGAGGUCAAGGACAAACCUCUUGUAGACAUUGUAAAGACCACAGAGCAGUAUUCUGAUAAAGAAAGACCCAAAUCUGCUUGGGAGGCCGUAAGCAAAACACCUAAAGUCCCUCCAAGGUUGGAGAAAGCAGCAGAAAUUAUGCAAAGCACAAAGAAAAAAUCUGACUCUCCACAUGCGGACACAAAAUUUCCUAAAGAAAUGAAAAGCAAGGAUGAGAAGCAGCAUGGCUCAAAUGAAGAUAAGACAGAACAGACAGAGACUGACUCAAAAUCGGAAGAGAAACCGAGAAACAUCAACAAAAAGCAGCCUGUUCAUGAGCGCUCAGAAGGACAGGGGCAGGGGAACAGAGACGUGAUUGUAAACACAUUGUUUGAAGAGUCAGGGAAACCAGAUCCAUCUGUGACAAAAGAAGAGAAACCACCGUCCCCAGAGGACCUGAAUAAGGCCAACUCUAAAGACUGCUUUGAGCCAGCCAAUAACAGCGCUGCAGCCUCCAGGAAAGAUGCCAUGCGAAACAGAGGGAGUGAGACGGAUACGCUGGUCUUACCUGAGAAAAAAGUGGAAAACACCACUGAAAGUGACCCGAAAUCGGCACAAAGACCAUCAGAGACAAACCAAAAGAGUCGAGAAAAAGACAGUUUGGCUGAGACUACCAAUCAGAAUGAGAAAAACGACCUUGUUACAGAAACAACUGAGACACACAAACAUAGUACUGAAGUCAGUACAUCAAAGCCAACCGAGCAGAAUGUAGAAGAAGGAAUUACAACAAAGACGACUAAACACGGUAAAUCAAAGGACACCUCAGCUGUGAGACAAGAAGACACAACAAUUAUGCCAAGCAGUGAGGGUAAAGAGACUCAGACUCCAGAGAUAAUCUCUGAAUUGUCUGAUCAGACUAAAGAAAACGCCACUACUACAAGUAGGACACUGGCAACACCAAACCCUGCACUGGUCAAAGACCAAAAUAACCAUAUGGACACCAUAAUUUCACCUCAAAUUCCACCUACAGAGGGAGGCGGUCCCAAAAGAGAUGGGCCACCCCUACAAAACCAAUCAGAGAGCGGAGAAGAAGAGAAAACACUGGCAGUGUCUAAUAAAAGGGAUUUACAACAGCCCAGCACGGAUAUUAAAAAGGGAGGCACCAAAGAAACCCAGAGUAAAAUCACCAACACAGAAAUGACAUCCAUAAUAAAUGGAGAUAUACACUCUGUACAGGCGGAAGAUCAGGUUUCUGAUUCUCUUAAACAGUCUGGAGAAAAUACACUUGGCUCUAGCCUUGAAAAUACCUUACCUGAAAUACCAUCCUAUAAUGACAAUCUACCUCUGAGUUCAGCAAAAAAGAAGCCCACUUCCUUGUCAUCCAAAGUCAUUGAAGCAUCCACCGAGCAAUCUGGCCAGGUCACCGCUAAACCAGCCUUAAAAGAUGAUACAGCUUUCAGUGAUAACAAGAACAAAACCUUGUCAAACUCAGCUAAUAAAAAGACAAAUAAUGAAAAGACCACUCCUCCACCAGCCUCUACCAAUGUAAUAAACACUCCUGAAAAACCAACAACUAUCGAAAAAACCACAUCCCCACAAGCCCCAACCAAUGAGAAAACCUCCACUUUGCCUGCCUCAACUAAAGAAAAGACUACAGGUCUAUCAGCAUCAACCACUGACACGAUAUCUGCUACAUCAGGCUCCAAUGAUGACAAAAACAAACCUCCACCAGCCUCAACUGAUGAGACAAUCUCUGCUUUGCCUGCCCCAACUACUGAAAAGACCACGCCUCCAAGAGCAUCUGCUAAUGAACAGACCAUGCCUCCAAGAGCAUCAGCUAAUGAACAGACCACACCUCCAACAGCAUCAGCUAACGAAAAGACCACGCCUCCAACAGCAUCAGCCAAUGAAAAGACUACACUUCCAAUAGCAUCAGCCAUUGAAAAGACUACACCUCCAACAGCAUCAGCCAAUGAAAAGACUACACUUCCAAUAGCAUCAGCCAUUGAGAAGACUACACCUCCAACAGCAUCAGCCAAUGAAAAGACUACACUUCCAAUAGCAUCAGCCAUUGAAAAGACUACACCUCCAACAGCAUCAGCUAAUGAAAAGACCAUGCUUCCAACAGCAUCAGCUAUUGAAAAGACCACGCCUCCAAGAACAUCAGCCAAUGAAAAGACUACACCUCCAAUAGCAUCAGUCAUUGGAAAGACUACACCUCCAACAGCAUCAGCUAAUGAAAAGACUACACCUCCAACAGCAUCAGCUAAUGAAAAGACUACACUUCCAAUAGCAUCAGCCAUUGAAAAGACUACACCUCCAACAGCAUCAGCCAAUGAAAAGACUACACCUCCAACAGCAUCAGCUAUUGAAAAGACCAUGCCUCCAAUAGCAUCAGCCAUUGAAAAGACUACACCUCCAACAGCAUCAGCCAAUGAAAAGACUACACCUUUAACAGCAUCAGCUAUUGAAAAGACCAUGCCUCCAAUAGCAUCAGCCAUUGAAAAGACUACACCUCCAAGAACACCAGCCAAUGAAAAGACUACACCUCCAAUAGCAUCAGCCAUUGAAAAGACUACACCUCCAACAGCAUCAGCCAAUGAAAAGACUACACCUCCAACAGCAUCAGCUAAUGAAAAGACCACGUCUCCAACAGCAUCAGCUAUUGAAAAGACCACGCCUCCUAGAACAUCAGCCAUUGAAAAGACUACAUCUCCAACUGCAUCAGCCAUUGAAAAAGCCACGCCUCUACCAGCACCAACCAUUGAGACAACCUACACAUUAUCAGGCUCAGCUAAUGAACAAACCACACCAUCUGCCUCAUUAACCGUUAGGUCUCCCUCCACUUCAUUAGGUAUAGGUGAUGACAAGAACAAACCUCCAUCAACAUCAACCAUUGAAGCAAUCUCCACUUCAUUAGCCUCCAGUGAUGACAAGAACAAACCUCCACCAGCCUCAGCUAAUGAAAAGAACACAACUCAAUCAGAGUCAACUAACAGAAGGACAACUAAUGAAAAGGUCAUAUCUCCACAAGCCUCAACCAAUGACACAACCUCCACUUUGCCUGCCUCACCUAAAGAAAAGACUACACCUCCACCAGCAUCAACCACUGAGACAAAUUCUGCUACAUUAAGCUCCAGUGAUGACAAAAACAAACCUCCACCAGCCUCAAUCAACGAGACAAUCUCCGCUUUGCCUGACCCAGCUAAUGAUAAGACUACGCCUCCAACAGCCUCAACUAAUGAAAAGAACACAACUACAUCAGAGUCAGCUAAUAAAAGGACAACUAAUGAAGAGACCACAUCUCCACAAGCCUCAACCAAUGAGACAACCUCCAAGAAAAAGACUGCACCCCCACCAGCAUCAACCACUGAGACAAUCUCUGCUACAUUAGGCUCCAAUGAUGACAAGAACAAACCUCCACCAGCCUCAACUGAUGAAAAAACUACAUCUUCAUUAGACUCAACCAAUGAGAGAACCACACCUCCACCAGCCUCAACUAACGAGACAAUCUCCACUUUGCCUGGCUUAGCUAAUGAAAAGACCACGCUUCCAACAGCAUUAGCCAAUAAAAAAGCCAAACCUCUACCAGCACCAAAUAUUGAGACAACUUCCACAUUAUCAGGCUCACGUAAUGAAAAGACCACACCAUCUGCAUCAUCAACCAUUGAGUUUGCCUCCACUUCAUUAGGCUCAGGUGAUGACAAGACCACACCACCAGAAAAUGCUGCACCUCAACCAGCUUCAACCAAUCCACCAGCCUCCAUUGAUAUCACUACUAAAAAUGAGAGGACCACACCACUACCAGCGUCAUCCUCUUUCCCGCUAAACUCUAUCAAUGGAGAUAAUAUAACUCCACUUCCUUCAUCCAAAGGAAAUACAAUAUCACCACCAGACUAUGACAGUAGGAAGGCCACACCUUCACCAGAAAAGCCCUCGGGUCCUGAAGUCUCGGCGAAAGAGAAGAUCUCCAGUAAAUCUACGACUCAAUCCACAAGAAAAAAGGAAUUCAUCUUCAAACCCUUUCUCCUUCCAGAAAUCCCCGCUGUGCCAGGCAGCUCCUCCCAGAGCAGGAACUCUCCAUCUAGCUGGCUUGAUGUGGAUCACAGACGUCCUAUAAGGAAGAAGCUGUUGAUUCCAGAACCCAAGCUCAGCUCCUCUGUGAGUGAGACCAACCUCCUGAACACAUCGGGAGAGUUUGACCCAGAUGACUUUAUUGCAAAUGUGAAAAGGCUAGCGAUGCCAUUCAAUCUUCCCCUACGCAAACACAACAAACAUCGCCUGCAAGCACCUCCAUUUGCCAUGCCUGCCAUCAAAGAAGACCGCUUUGAGAAACCCUUUGAUCCGGAGGAGUUCCAGCAUGGCUUGAGGCGUAGGAGGGAAUUCAUUUUGGAUUUGCCUUCCAGUUCAAAAUCAAAAGCAGCAGAAGUCAAGGAGGUGGAGAUCAAACCUAAGCGAGAGAGCAUCCUCACGAGGUCCCUGAUCUUCCAGAGAGGAAGGAAGGAGUCUGAAAAGGAAGAGGAAGAAAAAGAAGAGGGAUCAGAUGAAAAUACAACAGAACCACUGAAGGCAAAGUCUCGUUUGGAGAGGUGCUCUAUUGUCAGCAUUCUACGCAGCCCCAGCAAAGGGAGACGAAUGGAGUUUUUAAGCCCCACUGAGUGUCCUUCAGGUGGGCUGUUAUCACCCAGCGAUGGUUCUGGGUCUACAGCACCUCCACAAUCACAGCUAGCCCCAACUACAGAACCACCCAAAUUGGUCCCAGUAGAGGAAACCCUAGCUAAGAAUAACAGCCGCGAUACACCGUCUGGUUCUCAGGUUAUUCUAAAACCUAGCACGGACAUUGGGCCUGCCAUGACACCUGACCUCAAAGCAACUUCAAGAGAAUCCACAGUAACUCUUUUAACAGACUCUAAUGCUCCUUUUCCUCCUGGUGGUACCCAAACUAGUUCCCAGGUUGUACCGAAACCUACGAAAGAUGAUGGACCUACCCUGGCGCCUGACUUGAAAGCAACUUCAGCAGACCCUUCAGUCUCCAUGUUUACAGACACUAAUGCUCCUACUCCUCCCAAUGGUUCCCAGACCAGUUCCCAGGUUCUGUUGAAACAAACAAAAUAUGAUGGACCUACCCUGACACCUGACUUGAAAACAACUUCAUUUGACCCUCCAGUCACCAUGUUAACAGACACUAAUGCUCCUCCACCUAGUUGUACCAAAUCUGUUUCCCAGAAUCAUGGACCUGCUGUGGCACCUGACCUCAAAACAGCUCCGAGAGACCCCACAGUCACUAUGUUUACAGACACUAUUGCUCCUUCUCCUCCCGAUGGUUCCCAGACUAGUUCUCAAGUUGUGCUGAAACCUACGAAAGAUAUUGGACCUACCCUGGCACCUGACUUGAAAAGAACUUCAGCAGACCCUCCAAUCACCAUGUUAACAGAUACUAAUGCUCCUCCACCUAGUUGCACCCAGUCUGGUUCCCAGGAUGAUGAACUUGCCAUGACACCUGACCUUAAUGCUUCUACUCCUCCCAAUGGUUCCCAGACUAAUUCCCAGGUUGUACUGAAACCUACUACAGAUGAUGGACCUACACUGACACCUGACUUGAAAAUAACUUCAUUAGACACUUCAAUCACCACAUUAACAGACACUAAUACACAUCUAACAUCUAGUUAUACCCAGUCCGGUUCCCAGGAUGUUCUAAAACAUAUCAAGGAUGAUGGACCUGCUAUGACACCUGAUCUCAAAACAGCUCAGAGAGACCCCACAGUCACUAUGUUUACAGACACUAAUGCAUCACUGCUUCUCAAUGGUACCCAGACUGGUUCUGAUGUUGUUCUGCAACCUGAUGGACCGACCCUGAAAACAACUACAGUAGAUGCUAAUGCUCCUCCACCAUGUCCUUCCUUUGAUGACAUCAAGUUGCCUAGUUUCCUGGAGAAAUUUCUUCCAAAGGAACCUGAAAACGCUCAACCAUCAAAUAAGAUCAACCCACUGGUGGCUAGAGAAAGUGCCUCAAUACCUGCUCUAGUGGAUCUGAAUAAGGCUGUUGACGUAGCUGAUGGGAAGAUCCCAGAAGUUACGGUUCCACCAGCACCUGUAGUUCCAGCGGCUCAAAUCCCUCAAGUUAAACCUCAGAGAGAACUACCAAAUAUUCCAGCUGCUCGCGGAAUCCACCGGCGUCCUGGAAAGAUUGUGAUAUUUGAGCACCAUCAGUUUAGCGGUCAGUCCUUUGAGUUCUACAGGGAUCAACCUGAUGCCACACACAUGCAACUGUCCAGUGUCAUAUCUAUUAAAGUGGUCAGAGGAUGCUGGAUAUUAUAUGAGAAACCGGGAUUUGAGGGACGAUGCAUCGCUCUGGAAGAGGAAGGAGUUACUGAACUGCCCAAUCAAUGGGCAGAAGAGGGUGAAGAAAUAUCUGCCCCUGUGGUCAUUGGCUCAAUUCGAUUGGCUGUCAGAGACUACACUCCGCCCCGGAUAGAGCUGUUCACCGAGCCUGCUGGCAGAGGCAGAAGCUCUGAGUAUGUGGAUGACACAGAGGAAGUGGGCAGUUUUAGCCGUCCUCAGAGCACCGGCUCCAUCAAAGUCCACAGUGGUCUCUGGCUGGUUUACAGUGAUCCGGGUUUCCAGGGUCUGCUGGCGGUUCUGGAGGCCGGAGAGUAUCCGUUCCCGGAGGACUGGGGUUUCCCAUCGCCUGCGGUCGGCUCUCUGAGGCCUCUGCGAAUGGGCGCUCUGAAGGUCGAGAAGCCAAACACCAUCAAGGCCGUGUUGUAUGAAAAGGCCGGUCUGGAGGGCCGAUGCGUGGAGGUUCAGGGAGACGUCUUCUCCUUCGCCAGGACAGAAACGGACCCGAGCGACCCGGACAAUCACGGACUGAACUGUGUGGAAUCACUCAAGAUCCUCGGAGGCCUGUGGGUGGGAUACGAUGGCGAGGGUUUUGAGGGGCAGCAGUUCAUUCUGGAGGAAGGAGAGUAUUUGGACUGGACAGACUGGGGCGGGACUGGGGAAAAACUCCUCUCUCUGCGGCCCGUUUUCAUGGAUUUCUCCUCCCCUCAUAUGAAGAUGUUUAGUGAGCCGGAUUUCUCAGAGCGCGGCGUCAGCAUCGACCUCCUGGAGCCGCUGGAUAACGCCAUGAACACACGCUACGGCCCGCAGACGCGCUCCAUUGAGGUCCUGGCCGGAGUGUGGGUGGCGUUCGAGGGCCCCGGGCUCUCGGGUCAGCAGUAUGUUCUGGAGAAGGGUCUGUACGGAAGCCCGGAGGACUGGGGCUCAUCCCACAGCCGGAUCUGCUCGGCCGUCCCUGUGAUUCUGGAAAAUCUGGAAAACUCCUGCCACUUCCAGAUUGAGCUGUUCUCUGAGUCUGCAUUCGGUGGAACGUCUGUCCUGCUGCAGGACUCGUUACCCACAAUCCCCGGCGGCUUCAGUGUACGCUCCUGCAGGGUUCAUGCGGGCAGCUGGCUGGCGUUCAGCGGCGAGUGUUUCUCGGAUCAUCAGUGUGUUCUGGAGGAGGGUUUUUAUCCUGAUCUGAGGAUGAUGGGUUUCUCUGAGCCGGACGCAUCAGUGCUGUCGCUGCAGCCCACGGGACUCGAGCUCUCGGUGCCGGCGCUGCUGCUGUUUGAGCGCUCUGGACUCAGAGGACGGAGGACGCUGCUGAAGACGGCUUCGGUGAAUCUGCAGCUCACACACAGCUGCUCCAGAGUUUCAUCUGUGCUGGUGCUCGGCGGCAUGUGGGUUCUGUACGAGGAUCAUAACUUCAGAGGCUCUCAGUUGCUGCUGAAGCCCGGCGCUGUUCCUGAUUGGCCCAAAUUCUCCUCCUGGCUGCGAAUCGGAUCGCUUCGGCCGCUCACGCAGAAACAAGUGAAUUUCCGUCUGCGGAGCAAAGAGGCGGGGCUACUGAUGUCCGUCAGCAGCUCAUUGGACGACAUAAAACUGAUGCGUAUCCAGGUGAGCGAGGAAACGGGCGGAGCUGAGCAGAUCUGGACCUAUCAGGACGGUCAAUUACAGUGCAAGGUAGUAAUUGAAGUUUCAGUGACCCGUUACACAACUCAGCACUUUUCUGCUUGCAGAGUCGUUCUCUCCGCUGAACCUGGAAAACCGCAGCAGCUCUGGAGCGUCACGAACGACGGGAUCAUCCGGAGCCACGCCAGACCAGAGCUCGUGCUGGAGGUCAAAGGAGGUCAGCAGUUCGACAAACACCAGAUUAUCGUGAAUGAAUUCCACCCAGACAAACUGAAUCAGCGCUGGACUCUGGAGAUCCUCUGAGCUGCGCCACAGGACCCACUGCUCUGCUGCGGAGCUGCGCCAGGGGGACCAGCGUCCUGUGAGGCAGCUGCACCAGGGGGACCAUCAGCUGUGGAAAUCUCAUUCUCAUGAGAGCCAGUGGAUGGAAAAUCACCGUAAUCAGCUGGACGUUGUAUUAUUUUUAUACAUGAACUCUCAGAUCGACAGGAAGAGCACAUACUUGAACAAUAGUAACUGUUUUAUUUUGUGUAAAGUGCAUAAACGUGCCCUUUAUCAUAAAUCACAUAAAUCAGUGUGGACACUGAUCUCAGCUGUAUUAAAACACGAGGCGUUUAGAAAAUGUGUUUAAAA